UUGAGCUGUUGCGUGUGGACCCAGCCCACUCAUGAGAAUAUGAGCUCUCCCAUGGAGUAUUUCUCUGGCAGGCCUGCAUCGUGUUUGUGGCCUGCUGCUCUGUCGUGCUGACAGAGAAGCCUGUUGUAUGUGAGCUGAUGUUCCUUAAACACAGCUCUGUUCUUCCCAUUUGUUGCAGGCAGGGCAAAUUUUGUGGAGAGGAAAACUGAGUGCAGAGGAAUGGGACACAGAGAUAGAGGGGAAAAGUAGAGGAGAAAGCAGAGAGGGUGUUUGUGUAAAUGUUCAGGCAUUAUACAUCUUUGGAAGCAGCACACUUCACCUCGUUUCCUUGGGCUCUUUGUAGGCAAGGUAUGUUAACUGCAGUCUAGUAAGCUGCAUAGGUUUCUACAAAAAAUAACUGUGCUUAUGAAUGCAUCUGGACAUGCACAACCUUCUGUUUUUACAGGACAGAAGGGUCCAUGCCAACUGUGUGCUUGAGUAGCCGCUUCAUCUGGCGGUGCCCUCCCAUGUCACUGAGCUCUCUGUGGCUUGCUUCUAGCUGCAGAAGCAAGGACAAGCAAACUAAAUGUGCUUAAAAAGAACUAGAUGCUUGGAAUUUCACCUUAGGAUGAGUAGGACGAGUCCCUAAGGAAAUUAUGACCAGCAGUGGAGUUACAGAAGGGAUUGGAUCUGCUCAGAAUUUCUUCUUCCCCUCACUCUCUGCUGUUAAAUUUGUUGUGCUGGGGACAGCACAGCGCUUGCUUAAUGCUGGCACUAUGCAUUGUGUCUUCCUCCGAUUCUGCUUUGUGUUUAUUUCAAGCGUUAAACCUUUGCAGUCUAUAGAAGAUUUUUUCCAAGGACUGCCCGGCCUUCGAGAGUUAGAAUAAAGACUUCAGAGUGACAAAAUGGCUUUACGGUCGAUGUCUCAGAAAUGCUUGUUUGGAGUCCCCUCUGUCCUUUUUCCAGUUCUUUUUCUACCUCUGCUCUAUGAUGACCAGUAGUAAGGGAGUAGUUUUCCUUAGUUUGUUAAGCCUCUAAUUUCCCAUUGUGUUCUUCAAAGAACAGCUUGUCGUGCUGGUGACUUCUUUUCAGUGUUGCUCACAAUGAAGUAGUUACUGAUAGACUCACAGAAUACUUUUUUCCUUACCUCCCUGGAUUUCUCUGUGUAUCUUGCUGCGUUUUUCCUGGCAGUAACAGUUCUUUUGAUCCUGUAGCUACUUUCUACAUUUGCUGGGCUGGAAAUUACUGCCUCCCACAGCAGAACAGGUGGACAGAUGCUUGUGCCUGUGCUUUGACAACUGCAGUGCAAAGUUCAGUGGCUUAAUUUAAACCACUGGUUUGACAUUUCUGAAGAGUGCUCACUUGAUCUGGUCCAUUGACUUUUCUUGGGAGGCAGUAAAGUCUUACAGCAGCCUGGUAGUAUCUUCAGUCACUAGAAGGGCUUGCCAAGCUCUUUGUGCUAUUUUUCUGAUACUUUCUUAUGAUGAAGUGGUAAGUGUUAGUGCAGUGUUAACUCUGAGAGCAGUUCUGAGAACGUACAGCGUUUCCUUAAAAUGCUGAGGGCUUGAGAAGUUGAUGUGCCGCUCAGUCAUGUACUUCUAGAAACACUGAUGAGCUUGGUCCUUGAGAUUUUCUGAUGAACAUUAGAAAAGAGCUCUGCUUAAACUCCCAAAAUGUGGCUGGACUGUCUGUUGUCAUUUCUGGGUUUGGGUGAGGUUCUGUGGUGAGAAAGGCAAGGGACUGAAGGAAGAGGACAACAAGCUUGUCUUCUGCUUGAGACCUGCAUCCCUCCAGAGGCUGGGGAUGCAACUCUGCCACUCCCCACAGGUCCCAUUUGGUACAGGGCAACUCUUUAAAAACUUUUCCUUUUGCCAAUGAUCAAUUCUUUGAUCAAUCAUCUUUUGGGUGCCUGAUUGAAGAGCUUUUUUUCUUCCAGUUUUAUGGAAUUGGUUAAGUCUUCCCAGCUGUUCCUCCAUAGAUUCUAUGAGAGACUAUUUAUUUCCAAAGCUGACGCCUGCAUACCUCAUGUUGGACACCCCAGGCUAGUUGGUAUUUUAUUCAUUCUGCUGAACAACGCCAACCCUUCCUUGAAGGCUGUGCCCAAUAUGUCUCCCACUCCCCUAGCUGUCUUAUUUUUUUUCAUGUGAGCUUAGGCAGACCCUCUCAAUUUCCUUCCUUAUGCUCCUUGUCCCAUCUCUUUGUUUUGUCUCUACCUGUCGGUUCCCAGCUCUAUUGCAAGGGUUCCUCCCAGCCAAGUGAUUUCUUGCUUUAUUUCUACCCCCAGACCUCAGUCCUAUUUUUUGGCACCUUUAUGUUUUUAAGCCACCUUUGCCAGUAUUGCUCUUCUUCCCUUGCUCCUUUGGUCUGGCUGUUUUCCCUUGCUUUUGCAUUUGAUGUUUAUCUCUUCUUUCCUUAGGCAUGUCUUUAGAAAUACAGGCUCUGUUGGCAGUGUGCAACGUUCCAAACUGGCGUGGCAUGAUUACUAAAGGGAAAUGUUUUCUCAAUCCGUUGAGCUUGAGCCUGUAGAACAAUCAGCCCGAGGCAAACACUCACCAUGAAAAAGUUCUGAGCACACGCUCUGGGGAAAUGUAAACAACUGAGAAAAGCAAUUUUGUGGGAAGUGGUGUGGAGCAGCCGUGGUUUGAUGGUCGUGAGACCAGUCACAUCUUCCAGUCGCUCCUCUCCUCCUGAGGCUUCGUUUAAAAAAACUGGAUGCCCGGGCUGAAUUUCAUCUCUGAAAGCCGGAGAAAGGCACCUGACUCUAGCAUUUGUGCUGAAUGCCUGAAAUUGGAUGGUGCUACAGCUUCAGCCUAGGAAGUAAUGCAAGACAUUUUCCUAUGAGCAGGAAGUUCAGCAGCUGAAGACUUUGAAGGAGAAAGGUCUGUGUGAGGGAGGGGACUUGGUCAAUGUUAUGACAUGCAAAAUCAAUCCACACACGAGGAAAAGAGCCCUCUUCGUGGUAAUGUUAGAGGAAUAGCAGUUGAAGACAACCUGCUGCACUCUCCUAUUCCAUAAAGCAAACAUCAGUAAAGCCAAGCAGCAAGAAAAGGCUUCUUCAUGACAAAAUGACAGCAAGAGAACACAGUCCCCGCCAUGGUGCAAAAUCCCGCACCGUGCAACGGGCCUCCACCAUUGAUGUCACCUCAGACAUGCUAGGCCUUUCUCUGGCAGGGAAUAUUCAGGAUCCAGAUGAGCCUAUUUUAGAGUUCAGUUUAGCUUGCAGUGAGCUGCUAACACCAUCACUAGAUCGAAAACCAAAUAGUUUUGUAGCAGUGAGUGUAACUACACCUCCUCAGGCAUUCUGGACAAAGCAUGCACAGACAGAAAUUAUUGAGGGAACAAGUAAUCCUAUCUUCCUAAGCAGCAUUGCCUUUUUCCAAGACUCUCUUAUCAAUCAAAUGACACAAAUCAAACUCUCCGUGUAUGACGUCAAAGAUAGAUCUCAGGGAACAAUGUAUCUGUUGGGUUCUGGGAUGUUCACUGUAAAAGAACUUCUACAAGAGAAGAAUCACAGGUUGCACUUAACACUAAGGUCCACCUCCAAAAAAAUUUCAACGCAGAGUAUUUGUUGCAGGUCUGCUGAAAGUGACCGUGUAGGUAACAUUACAGUUAUUGGAUGGCAAAUGGAGGAAAAAACUGACCAAAGGCCUCCAGUGACAAGGUCACCUGAUACAAUUAAUGGAAGGACUGUGUUACCAGUUGAUGAAAGUUUAACAGAAUCUUUAGGAAUCAGAUCCAAAUAUGCUUCAUUACGGAAGGAUGCACUACUGAAAUCUGUGUUCGGCGGUGCCAUUUGCCGGAUGUAUCGCUUCCCCACCACUGAUGGAAACCACCUGAGAAUCUUGGAGCAAAUGGCUGAGAGCGUGCUGUCAUUGCACAUACCCAGGCAAUUCGUGAAGCUGCUUCUAGAAGAAGAUGCAGCAAGGGUUUGUGAACUAGAAGAAUUGGGAGAAUUAUCUCCUUGUUGGGAAAGCCUUCGACGACAAAUAGUUACUCAGUACCAAACAAUUAUUUUAACUUAUCAGGAAAAUCUAACUGACCUGCAUCAAUACAAAGGUCCUUCAUUUAAAGCCAGUAGCUUGAAAGCUGACAAAAAAUUGGAAUUUGUUCCUACAAAUUUACAUAUACAAAGAAUGAGAGUCCAGGAUGAUGGGGGAUCAGAUCAGAACUACGACAUAGUCACCAUAGGAGCACCAGCAGCUCAUUGCCAAGGCUUCAAAUCAGGUGGCUUGAGGAAAAAGCUGCAUAAAUUUGAAGAGGCAAAGAAACACAGUUAUGAGGAGUGUUGCACUUCAACAGGUUCCCAGUCAAUAAUAUACAUCCCACAGGACAUUGUUAGAGCAAAGGAAAUCAUUGCACAAAUCAACACCCUGAAAACUCAAGUAAGCUAUUAUGCAGAAAGGCUCUCACGAGCUGCCAAGGAUAGAUCAGCUAAUGGCCUUGAAAGAACGCUUGCCAUCCUGGCAGAUAAGACCCGGCAACUCGUCACAGUCUGUGACUGCAAGUUGUUGGCAAAUUCAAUACAUGGACUGAAUGCUGCAAGGCCAGAUUAUAUAGCUUCAAAGGCAUCUCCAACCUCUGGAGAAGGGGAACAAGUGAUGCUGAGGAAUGAUCAAGAUACACUAGUGGCCAGAUGGACGGGACGAAACAGCCGAUCUUCUCUGCAAGUGGAUUGGCAUGAAGAGGAAUGGGAGAAAGUUUGGUUGAAUGUUGACAAAAGUCUGGAGUGCAUUAUACAGAGAGUGGACAAACUUCUCCAGAAGGAGCGCCUGCAAAGUGACAGCUGUGAAGACGUUUUCCAGUGUGACAUCAGCUGUACUAGUAAGAAAGGUAAUCGGGACACCCGUGCCUACUGGAUAAAUCCAGAAGAUGUAAAUGAGACCUCAUCUUCCUCACCGCCAUCAUCCUCACCACCACCAUCAUCCACCCCAUCCUGUGCAUGCCAUUCUCUCAGACAGACAAAUUGCAGCCCCGCUCCGGAAGAAUCUGCCCCAGGUGAAUGGAGCGAAGCUCUUUAUCCUUUGCUGACAACUCUCACGGACUGCGUGGCCAUGAUGAGUGACAAGGCCAAGAAAGCCAUGGUCUUCUUGUUAAUGCAGGACAGCGCCCCAACGAUAGGGCUGUGUCUGAGUCUUCAGUAUCGCAGGGAUGUUGUCUUCUGCCAAACUCUGACAGCUCUCAUAUGUGGUUUCAUUAUCAAGCUGAGAAACUGCCUGCAUGAUGAUGGAUUUCUAAGACAACUCUACACCAUUGGCUUGCUGGCGCAGUUUGAGAGCCUGCUGAGCACUUACGGUGAGGAGCUGGCAAUGCUGGAGGACAUGAGUUUGGGGAUCAUGGACUUGAGGAAUGUAACAUUUAAAGUAACUCAGGCAACGUCAAAUACAUCUACUGACAUGCUGCCAGUCAUCACUGGAAAUCGUGAUGGAUUUAAUGUGAGGAUCCCUUUGCCAAGCGCCUUGUUUGAUUUGCUGCCGCGAGAAAUUCAAAGUGGCAUGUUACUGAGGGUUCAGCCUGUGCUCUUCAACGUGGGGAUCAAUGAGCAGCAAACCCUAGCAGAGAAGUUCGGAGACACCUCACUGCAAGAAGUAAUAAACAUGGAAAGCUUAGUGCGGUUAAAUUCGUAUUUUGAACAGUUCAAGGAAGUUUUGCCUGAUGAUUGUCUACCUCGAUCUCGUAGUCAGACGUGCCUGCCUGAACUGUUAAGGUUUCUGGGACAAAAUGUACACGCAAGGAAAAAUAAGAAUGUUGAUAUCCUUUGGCAAGCUGCUGAGAUAUGCCGCAGACUAAAUGGUGUUCGGUUUACAAGCUGUAAAAGUGCCAAGGAUAGGACUGCUAUGUCGGUCACCCUAGAGCAGUGUUUGAUCCUACAGCACGAACAUGGAAUGGCUCCACAGGUCUUCACCCAGGCUCUCGAGUGUAUGAGGAGCAUUGGAACACGGGAGGUAGUCACCCAGAAGAACUUGAGUGGCUUGGUGCCCAUCCGAGAUUUCAGACUAGAUCCCAGCCUCCUCUACUCUAUUCCUUUACUAGCUCUCAGCCCCAAUUUACUGAUUGUGUGGCUGUUUCUGAGCAUAGCGUACCUGGUGGCCAGAUUACGUUGCAAGUGAAGAUAAGGUUAAAACAAAAACAAAAAACAAAUUGCUUGAACGUGUAUUGCCACUUGGUACCUGCUGGACAAAAGAAUGUGUCAUAACAUUGUCUGCCAAGAAUUAUUAUUAUGCCUUACGAUUUUACGUUUCUAUUGUACUAAACUGUAAAUAUACAUCAAAUUAUUUUAUCAAGAAGAGUUGUAUUGAAACUUUAAAUUACUGUUCUGCUUUCAGUGCUUGUAACAUAGUCUGACAUUUGGCCUGUUACCUCGUUACUUUAGCCGGCCUGAAGAUCUCUUACCAAAUAUAGUUUUGUGUUACCUGUUUCAUGUAUUCCAGAGAAAGGAACUCUGAAAAGAAUUUGUAUCUUUUGUAUAUUCAGGGUGUAUGCUAAUCUUGCCUUUCAUUUUUACAAGCUAUGAAGAGAAAAAUAAAAAAUAUGGGUGGGGUUUAUAAGAAAUUAUAAGAAAUUUAUUUAAAGAAGUAAACAAAUUUGUACCUUUAUUUCAAAGCAUAAUAUCCAAAUUAUUAUUAUACAGUUUGUAGAACCGUGUUCCUUUCUCGUGGUUACGUAUGUUCCAGUAGACCAGUGUACCCACUAAAAAACAACUUGCAGUGUGCUGCAUGCAGGAUUAUUUCAUUAUAUUUAUAGAUCUGCAUUUUGUAAUAUAUUAAAGACAAAAAGGUAAUGACUUCUGGUUAGCGAGAGUAUGUAAUUGGCAGAGCCUGCUAUUGAUCCACCGUCUGUUUCAGGUGCUUUGUUCUAUAACUUAUUCUGAAACAGGGUCAUUAUCAUCCUAUUGAAGUUACCCUACAAUAUUUCAGGCAAGGAAAGGAAGGUAUUAAUCAGCUCCAUUGUUUAGGUGGGCUUGAGGUUUUCCAUUAGGUUUUGUGUUACUGACACUAGACUAAAUAUUACGAUUGUGGAAGAAAUUUGGACACCAUUUGUAUCUAGCAUCUGACGGGGAUAGGCCUGUUCAAAAUGGUGGAUUCUGUUGAUGUAGUAGUGUGGAAGUGCUUGUCAAUAGCAAUAGUUCAUUGAAAAACUAACCUCAUUUAAUGUAGUUUGCUAAAUUCGUAAAGGGAUUUAGUUUGCUUGGUGCCUAAGAUGACAGAAUGUUGAGCUCAAUGACCAAGGAGAACUCCGCUAGUACUGUGAUUUCUAAUUUCCACUAUUAUUAACUUGCUCAGAAAACAUAGAUAGCUAUAGCUUAUAUUAUCAGUCCUAAUGUAUUUUGAAAGCUCCUGAAGGAGGUACGCUUAAAAAAGAGAAGAGCAUAGUUUAAAAAAAAAAAAAAAGGCUAAAAUCCUGAAUUUGGUAAAUAUUCUAACUAAAUAAAGUACAUGGUUAUACUUGUGUCUUCAUGAAAGAAGACUGUACAGUACACCAUCACCUGAUAUUCUUCUCACUAUUCUUCCAAUUUUGUUUUUAAAAGAAAAAAAAGCCCACAGACAGUAUAUGUUUAUAUUUAAGCAUUUAUCCUAUUUAUUUUGAAUCGCAAUGAAUUUCUGUAAAGCCUUACUGCUCAUGGUGUGAUGGUAUUGGAUAUCUCCACAUCCUGUGCUGCUGUCCAAUACCGCUGCAUCUCAAUACAAAUCAUUCCUUCUUUCUGUUUAAGAUUGGUUUGUUUGCUGUGAGUACCAAAAUUCACUUUUUACGCAGGAAAGGGUGAUCAGGUUCACUGUAGCCUUGUUGGUGAGUGCCCUGGGUUCAGCCUACCAAGAUGUGAAAGUAACUUUAGUAGGGGUGUCUCCACUGAACUCCCUGAUGUUAUUAAGUCUGUUAUAAAUGCAGUAUGAAGCUUUGCUUGUUUACUGUUGUUGGCAAGAUUAGGCGUGCAAUAAGACCACCUUUAAAUUAGUUUACAGUGAAAGCUGAGACCUUUUGAAAACAACAAGAUGGGUUUUUUCUUACCUUUUGGUUGGGGCAAGUUUUCAUUUUUUCUUCUUUAGCUCAGUCUGUGCUCUCGUUCUGGGACUCAGAUUUAAAAUGACACAGUGCUUACAGCUCAUGUGUCUCCAGAAGCUCCGCGGCACGUGAAAUAGGUGAAAUACAUCUUUGUCACUGUGACUAUGGGCCACCUGUGCCACAGAGGGACGUGGGUAAUGUAGGCAGUGGGGUGAGUAAUGAGCAGAAUUAUUCACUUCCAAUUCGAAAUUCUCAGUUGGCAUCCCAUAUUUUUUAUGUAAAUUUGAUGUUUUCAUUACUUCUCUGAAACACAUUUCCUGCCAAUCCUUGACAGAUGUAUUUGCAGCAGUCUUUGGGGGAUGUUUAAUGUGCUAAAACAGUGUCGUAGAAACAGUGUCACAAGGUACAAUCCAUUCUGUAGGACAGUCACAGAAUAUACUGAGAGACAGAUUUCAAAUAUAAGCUGUUAACUGCAGUGAAAACGUUCAGUGUUCUGCGAAGUUAAACUAGGUGGUAUGUAAGUAGCAGAGCUACAGUCAAUGUGAUUAACCAAAAUUAGAGGAACAGUGAGAUCAGCAACAGCAGAGAGCUUUCAAAUGGAAGCAGAAUCCAAACCCUCCUUGUGAGUCAGAUUGCCUCUGUUUAGCUGGUACCUGCUGCAGCCAUCUCCAGGACAGGAAUAAUGGGACAUUCCCACCGUAAGAUUGUGUACUGUACACUUUGCCAUGAACUUUUACUAUUAAAUCAAUGUUUAGGUUUCCAUUCUCUAUCAGAACGCAUUCUCAUGUGAGCCUAAAUUGAUUUCUAAUCUAUAUUUAAAAUACAGUGCUUCCUCUUUGUAUGUCUGUUUUGGAUUUGAAGUAGAUUUACAAUCAUAAAGAAGCCUUAUAAGUGGAAUCGUUUCUUAUUGUAGCACAGAACCUCUUUGUAAUGUGGGGCAGUUGCACCAAAGCAUUGGGUAGAAGUUGGACUCCCACAUUCUGCACAGCUUUGUUCCAUUGGGGUGAUGACUGCCAACGCAGCCAAUACAAAGCUGCUAUUUCCUGGUGGUUUUUUUUAGAGUAUGUUGGUUUUCAAGUCAAUUUAUGCAUGCAAAGAUAACUGGAAAGCCAUUAUUUUUAUAUCAGCUCUAAUCCUUAAGUAAGUUCUGGUAGCGCUGACGUACAGCGAACAAUAAAAUAAAGCUCCUGUUAAGAGAUGGGCAGUCUUUCUUUUUCAACAUAACAUACUAAUGAAUUAGCAGAACUGCAUUUAAGCAAUCUUUUGGGAUCCCUUGUGCAAUGAAGUGGCACGUGAACGCCGUAACAGCGAACCCUGAAAUACAUGAAACCUUCGUAAAAGAACUUUCUCAGUAGAUGCACUGCUGCUUUUUAGAAAUGCAAAACUAGCAAACAGACAUAGCAUGUGUCCAUUCUGUGUGCUUCUUACUAGCAUUGUAUGAGGAGUCAUCAUCUUUAAUAUUUGCAGUGGCAAAUUAAUUAAGCGCUCAUUAAAUAUAACCAACUUUUUGUUAAUGCUAUGAAAUAACCAGUUCAUUUCAUCUUAGUUUAAGUCUUUUCUUUUCCUUUUUUUUUUUUUUUUUUUCCGUUUUACUGCUGUCAUUUUUUUGUGCUUGUUUUUUUUCCCCAGUGAGGGGUGUCGGCGAGAAAAUACAAUGAAGAAUGUUGGAUGUCGCAAGUAUGCAUUUAAUUCCCUGCAACUGAAGGCUUUCCCAAAGUAUUACAGGCCUCCAGAAGGAACUUACGGAAAAGUUGAAACAUAAGCAUCUUAUGUCCUUUAAUUGCUGUUCCAUUCAGACGUGUGGCUGCACUCUAGACUAAUACAUGGUUCUGUCAUCCAGACCAGAUCAGUAACCUUUUUGUACGUUUCACUAGGCUAUACGGAGCAUGUUACUUACCGAAUUGGAGUCUAUAGUAACAGUUAUUCUGACACCUUAGCUUGAGAAUAGUGUGAUGACUCUGCCCAUUUAAAUAGCCUUCAGUGUAUGUAAGAUGAGCAGAUAUUGUGCUACUUAACAAUUACCUACAUGCAAAUAGCUGGGCACCUCCUGGAUGGGCAAGGACUUUGCGAAUGGCAUUGAGGCAGCUGCUUCACGUACAUCUUUCUAUACUGAGUUGACUUCAGACUGAGCUUUUCGUCACGUUUUCAAACUGAGAGUAAAACUCAACCGUUGUAAAUAAAAAGGGACUGGACCGUAGGCAGUCUGAUUACAGUAGGAUGCAUUAUUGCAAUCGUGAAACAGAUGUUUAACUUCUAAAAAUAAUCAGCACCAUAGCAGCCAGGAGUAUAAAUUGUUUCACUGUAUAUAGGAUGCCAUCUUGAAAUAUGAAAAGAAUAAUAAAAAGGCCGGGCCUAUGAGGUCUGGUUUGUAGUUCUGUCCAGAUAAAGACAAACUCCAGUCAUUUUUAGCACAAAAGGACUUGGGCAAAUGUUAACCAAUUUUAAAAAGUGUCUCAAAACAUAAUGAUGUUAAUCAAUUAAUGGCAGCGACAGUUCUCCCAGCCCUUCCCCACUAUGGCGUGCUCAUUGUGUCCAUGGUAGUGUAUAUCAAUCAGUGUGUCCCUUUAUUCAUGGCUUUUUAUAUUGCUUCUGGAUUGUAAGCAUUAGGAUGUCGGGGCAUUGCAUUUUUUAAAUCUGUGUUUGGUUUUUAUCCAUAUCUGUCAAGUCAAAAAUGCUUACAGUACCCCAAAUCCCCCUUUCUGCCUACCAAAAAUGUUACAUUUAUUAAGUUUUGCUCAUUUUGAUGGAACAUGGCUCACGUGCCAAUGCAUGAGGACCUCAGGCGUGUUCUAGCUUAAGGCUAAGGCUUGAUAGUCUAUCACUUCGAUAGCAUUUUGUAAAGGUUCAGUACAUCUCCUUGGAAAUCAUCUCUGAAAGGAUGCCUUGAAGAUAGAAGAUAUGUUCUUAAAAAGCAGCUAAACGUUUAGUUACAAAUCUGAACAGGAUUAAAUCAUUCCUAGCUAGCUUCAUUCAGCCCACUGUGCCCUACCCCUCUUGUUUCUGAGGGCUACAAGCUGUAGAAUAGAGCAGCUGGUCAUUUGUUCUUGAGUGUAGCAACAGCCAGGUAAGUAUAUGGCUGUUUUCUGGUUUCUUUCUCCCUCCCACUGGUGUUUGUCUGUGCUGUCACUGCUCUAUCAGUCAUGUUCAUUCUGCUCCCAUAUAGGUUUGGGGGUUUUAAGUACAGCAGUUUUUGCAUUUUGCUUCUAGCAGUCUGACACUGAGCAGCAUGUCACAAAGCCAGCCGAGAGAGUUCUGAACCAGGCUGUUACCGCUACUGCAGUCAUUCUAGGAGGGGAAAAGAAAAAGUGUUGUGCAAAUUCAAUGCGUUUGUAGUUCCUUUCCCAGUUCUAAGCUCCUUCUGUAGUAGGACGGACCCUUGGGAAAUUACAAACCUUGUCCUCCAAGUAAGAGUUGUGUUGAUUUUUGUUCUUUUUUUUUUUAACAUGCAAACAAAUGUUUGGUGAAAACCAUUGCAGUGAGAUUUCUUUAGACAUUAUUCUCUUAGUUCUGCUCAGCCUUCAGCCCCUGGCCCGUCAUUAAAAGCUACAUUUAUUUCUGUAUGAACGGUAGUCUUGAUAGCCCUUAGUUUUUAUGAGUUGAUCGUUUUAUUUUGUAUAUUUCAAACACAGUUAAUAUUUUAAGUCCUAUAUUGUUACACUAAAAGUCUUCUUCCAGCAUUCAGCUUCAGAAGAAAACAACAAGAGGUCUAUGGUUGCAAUUAGCAGAGCCGCUCUCUUAGAUGGUGGCCCACAAUCAUAGAAUCAUAGAAUGGCCUGGGUUGAAAAGGACCACAAUGAUCAUCGAGUUCCAACCCCCCUGCUAUGUGCAGGGUCGCCAACCACCAGACCAGGCUGCCCAGAGCCACAUCCAACCGAUCGUUGGGUCUGCUCUAGAGCUUAGCGAUCCUUGAUUUAUUUUGCACACCAAAUGGAAUCGGAAGUUCCCCAGUUCUCUGUAUGCAUGGUUUUUGCUCACCUCUUUAAAGUGGUGGAAUAUUUUAGUGUACAUCCAUGUGGAGCAUCUUUGUCCAGCUGACGUGUUACAGGUAUGGCGCUGUCGGCACAAUGCACGCCAGUGGCUUCUUUUAAAGGGCGUGACGAGCGGGGGGGGUCUUGAGCAGUUAAUCAAAAAAGACAAACUGUGAAACUUGAAAUCCACAUAGGACACUUCACAGGGGUGAAGUAAGCUUUUCUGUUGCACAGGAGAGACAAAACUUAAGGAUUACUGUAAAAUGAAGUUCUGUCUGAUGUUCUUUUUUGAGUACGUUUUUUAAAUUAUGAAACAUACAAAGGUAAAAAAGACAAAGAAAAAAAACCAACUUGCCGAGUAUGUUCUGUGUAUGUUCUGUGAAAGUAUUUACAGCACAGUUGCCUUUUGUUUCAUUUAUACAUGUAAAAUUAUUGUAUAAUACGACACCGUUUUGUCCCAACACAGUUGUACUUGCCAAGCUUUGUGCAUUGAAAGACUUUUAUUUAUUUGGUUUUGGGCAGUAUUAAUAUAUCAUAAACAUAUGGCUACUGUUUUAUAUAUCCUAGUUCAUCCGAUCCAUGUAUGCUGUACAUGUGCUAGUCUUUAGGAUGAAAACCAAUAAAGAACUGACAAGAGUAA